UAUUGACCGGCAGAGAGUCAAAGCCGGCGAAGCUUGAAAGAACCAAAGAGAACUCAGAUUCAGGAGAGACAUUUUGGAACCCUGCUCUGCGCGUCCCACUCAUCCACCCCAUAUCUACCCAUCUUCCGCCGCCUCCUUUCACGAUUGCCGGAUCUAGAGGUUGUUCUCCACUCGAUUGCUCCGAUCUCUUCCGCCUAGGUACGCUUCUGAGAAAGAUAGAUCCAUUUUUUUGAAUUCUUAAUUUUGAUUCAUUGUCUGGGCAUUUGAAUUCCACGAGCCAUGAAUUCUAAUUUCGGAAAGGAUUUCGAGUUCGAUUUGGGAAUCGGAUCUUCCCGCUCCAAAUCCCUCAACGAUCAGAAAAAUAAAACCACUUCGUAUUCUUCCUACGCUUCCUCUGGUUCUUCGAAUUCGUCGACACAGACGAGGCCGGCCUGGAAGCCUAACAAUCCGUCGUGGACGCAUCAGCCGGCGCCGAAUCAGGCGGCGCGACCUAACUUGUCCAAUUCGCCCGCUUCCAUGGUCGGUGAUAUAUUUGGGAAGAGCUGGGGUUCGACUGCUAAUUCAGGCUCCAAUUCGGGCAUUGGAAUUGUUGAAAAGAAUCCGAAUCUGUUCGGCGAUUUGGUCGGUUCGGCCUUGGGAUCGGGUAAGAGUAACACAAAUGCUUCAUUGAAGAAUUUGGCUUCGAAUCCGGCAUCAUCGAGUGCCGCUUUGAAUAGGAAUUCGUUUUCCAUGGGAAAUAUGAGCAAUUCGUUGCCAAAAGCCAGUGGUAAUCCGGCUAAAAGCAGUGCAAAUGGGAGUUUUGAGAAUCUCAACAGUUACAAUAGUGGGCGAAGUAAUGAGAGCUAUACCACCAAUAUCAGGGCUCCAAAUCACAGAGGUCCAAGCAUGAGCUCAACCAUUGGGAGUGGUAAGACGAGCUCUAGUAAGGAUCCCUUUGGUUCUUUAGUUGACUUCGGAUCUAAGCCAUCAGGGAAUCUGAAUUCAACGAGUAAGAGCCAAAAGAUCAACACAAACGAGGACUCAUUUGGGGAUUUCCAGAAUGCUUCAAAUCCAAGCACUACAGCGUUUCCUUCGAGCGGAUCGAGUGGGAGUGGCAUUGGGUUCAAUGGAUCGAGUUUUCAUUCAGACUUAAACAUGGGUGAUUUUGGAAUGCCCUCAAUGGAUUUUGGCUCCAAAGCUCAAGAGACUGUUCAAACCGCUGCCAGUGAUCCACUUGAUAUGUUGUUUAGCUCAUCCAAAGCCUCAGCUGGAGGUGCUCCAAUGGCACCCGAAGCAGCUGGAGCACCGCAAUCCUUUGAUGCCGAUGGCUGGGGAUUCGAUUCGGAGUUUGGGGGAGGCAGUCAUGAUGUGGGUGGUUCAACGACUGAGAUUGAAGGACUUCCUCCUCCUCCUGCAGGGGUGACAGCUUCUUUGGCAAAGAACAAGGGAGUUGAUGUCUACAAGCAGGGACAAUACGCCGAUGCUAUUAAGUGGCUUUCUUGGGCUGUGAUUCUUUUCAAGAAAGCUGGUGAUAAUGCUGCCACAGUCGAAGUCUUGUCGACACGAGCUUCAUGUUACAAAGAAGUUGGGGAGUAUAAGAAGGCCGUGGUUGAUUGUACAAAGGUAUUGGAUCACGACGAUACAAAUGUAACCGUUCUCGUUCAACGUGCACUUCUGUAUGAAAGUAUGGAGAAGUAUAAACUUGGAGCUGAAGAUCUGAGGGCUGUCCUGAAGAUCGAUCCGGGUAACAGAGUUGCGAGAAGCACGGUUCACCGCUUGACUAAGUUGGCAAGCUAAAGGUUCGUAUUACAAUUUUGGCUGUGGUAGUGUCUUGAAUAUAGGAUUACACCAGUUCCCUGCUAUCUACAUUUGCAUUUGCUGAUGGAAAUGACUUAUUUUUCCGAUUACAUGGAUUGGUUGGUUUUGUAUGAGUGCCCCUUUCGAUGGUUUCAAAAUGCAUUACGUAUUGUUUGUGACAAAAACUUGUGCUUCAAUUGAUUGUUCUUGUACGUUGGCCCUUGAAAUUUAAACUAUUCCAUUGCUUUCCAUG